AUGGCAACUAAAGUUCCCACAGAAAUAUUAAUUAAAAUUUUAAAUAAUCUUCAAUCAUCAUCUCAAUCAACUCAAGAUUUAUAUUCAUCAUUAUUAGUUAAUCGAAUCUGGUGUAAAGUUACUAUACCUAUAAUUUGGGGACUACCUUUUGGUCAAAAAUGUAGUACAAAAACAGAUACAGAUUAUAAGAAGUUGAAGAAGAAAGCAUUAUGUAUUCGAACUUAUAUAUCAUGUAUGGAUGCUCAAUUACCUGAUGCCCCAAAAGUAUUUAAUAAGUUAGAAAGUUUUACUUCGGAACUUAAUUGGUUAUGUGAAUCUUUAGCAUUAAUUUGUGAUAAUAUUUUAAAUAUAGAUUUAAUUUCUUGUUUAGAUUCUCAAGAGCAAUUAUUAGCAAAACUUAUUAGUACUCAAAAACGGUUAGAAAAUUUAUCAAUUUCUAGUGCAAAACCUGAAUCAUUAUUUUUUGAGGCUAUCAUAAGUCAAAAAGAAACAUUAAAGAAUCUUCGUUUAAAGAAAUUAAAUUUUCAUUGUUUCAGGGAAAAAUUGUCUUUGAAUGGACAAUUUAUUUUACUUCAAGAACUUUAUAUUAAGAAUUGUCACGGAUUGCAAGAAUCAGAUUUUUUAAUAUUGGCUUCAUCAUUUACUCAAUUGAGUAGUUUUUAUUAUUUUCAUCCGAGAGGUUAUACCAGGUAUCCUCAAGAAUUUAUUAUAGAAAUUCUCAAAACGGCAAAUACAAAUUUAAGAAAUAUUUUUCUGGACGUAUAUUCUCUAAUUACAUUUGAUACAUUUUCAGCAAUUUUAAAUUAUUGUACAAAGAUUACCGAGUUAACUUUACAUAAUUUAAGUCCUGAACAAGUAAUAGCAAUAUUUAAUAAUAAUUUUAAUGAAUUAAAAAGAUUUUCAUUCGAUUGUGGAGGAAAAGGGUUUGAUGCUAAUGACUUAUUAUGUCAAAUUUCCGAGAAUGUACCAGAAUUACUUGAAACUAUUGAAAUAUGUAGAAUGGAUUAUAAUGAUCCUUGGAUAUUUAGUGCUGACAGUUUGAGAAUAUUUUUUGAAGGGUGGUGUCGUAAAGGAAGAAGAGGAAAUAAAAAAUUUAGGAGAUUAUGUAUAAGACUAACACGAUCAGCGCGAUAUAGAAUGAUGUUUACAGCACUUAAAUUGGAAACAAUGAGUCGUGAACAUUUCGAUAUUAUUAAAGAAUAUGGAAUUCAACUUAAAUUUGACAUAGAAAAUUAA